GCAGGGGCGCUGCCGGGCGGCAGAGGGUGACGGCGUGGGUGGCGGACGGCGUCGGCGUGGGCUCGGGGGCGGCGGACGGCUUCGGCGUGGGCUUGGGGGCACGGGCGACCCAUUUCGUCUGCGGCCGUCCGUUUGGGUUUUACAUAAGAAUAGUCUUUUACUCAUUAUCUACCUCAUAUUACCUUCGUCUCAGAUUAUUUGUCUUAAAUUUGUCUAGAUACAGAGAGAGGGAGUAUAAGUUAGUUGUAUGUAGUAUACUCACCUAAUUUCCGGCUUUUAGAACAAGGUUUUUUCAUUUCUCCAAAACUUGAUUCUUUUUUUAUGUGUCCAACACUUGAAUUUGUCUGUCCAUUGAAAAAAGAGAGAGAGAGCGCGCUUCAAUUUGCAAGUUGUUUGCAUCAUCUUGGUCAGGGGAAAAUGAACUUUUUACACGGAAGGGCCAUCACUUAUAACGUGUUUGGUUCGAGGGAAUUCGAGAUGGGAAUGGGAGUUGAGGGGUGAGGAGAUUAAAAGUCCACUAUUUGAUUAGAGGGAAUGGGAGUUUAAGUGGGAAGGGGAAUGAGAGUUGAGAAAGCCAAUUCCCACCUAUUUCUUCCCAGGGGUACCCUGUUAAUUCGUGAGUAGAGUUUUAUCUCACGCUAAUUCCCAUCAUAUACCAAACAAGGGAAUGGGAGUAAAAAUCUACUUCCCAUGACUACUCUCUUCAUAAACACUCUUGUGCAAACUCUCGUUCCCCUGCCCAAGUGUUUACCAAACAGGCUUUUACGGGAGUACUUUUUUGGAGUUUCUUUUCUCCGCCAAGGACAUUUACCUCCCGCCGCCGGCGAGCACCCGACGGCGUCGCCGCCAAGAGGCUGCCGGGGGCACUCAUUCGCCGCCACGGCCGCCCCGUGAGAGCGCCCGUCUCCAAGUGCCUUAGCUCGCUCCGCCGCCUCUCCUCUCUUGCUGAUGAGGCCGCCGGUCCACAGCGACCAUCCGCCAUGGGCACCUCCUCCAUCUCCUGCGGCGUCUCGUCAUCCGUCCUGAGCUCCCGUCGCGGGCUGGAGCACGGUAGGGGCUCCGCGCAGUCGCCUGCCCUCCUUCCCCUUCCUCGCGCGCCGUUGUCCCUCCCCCGACCUUCGGUCGCCAAAUCGCCCGGCGAGGAGGUAGACGCCCACAAGGUGUUCGCCAAAUUGCCCAAGAGGUAAUUGUUUUUUAAUUUCUGGAUUCUUGGCGUCUACGAUUUGGUUUGCUCAGUGACUUACUAUUACCAAGUAAGUAUUGGUAAUUGCCCAUGGGAACUUUAGGCACCAAUGAUCACAAUGUUGCUUGCUAAAUAGCUUUAUUGACUGGAUAUUUACCACAAUGAUGUGACAAUAUAUAUUGGCUUGUAGUAAUAACCAAGGACCUUGGUGACUAAAGGUCUAAAUCUCUAGUGUAGUUAUAUAAUAGUCCAUCGUAAUACCCAGAGUCUUAGGUUUUCCUCAUUCAGUAGUUUCUUGUUGAUGAAAAGUCAAAUUUUCCUACAUCUAGCUGACAUGUUGACUUUCUCACUGAUUGACCUUACCAUAAUCAUGGACCUGUAGUAUUUUAUCCGAACAGUCACAGAGGAAUGCAGCGUACAGCUAGCUAGAUCUGAAUGCAGAAAAUACUACUCCACUAGAACGUGAAUGUUCCUUAGCCUGCAAGGGGUAAGCUGCAUGGACACAUAUAUAUUGCGUCCGCAGUUGCACACUUGCAACUUCUAUAUAUGUGUAAAAAACUAAAAAUACCACAUCUAGUCCGUUCCCUCCAUUCGAGGAUAAGUGGACAAAUUCAAACUCUGACCUGGCUAGCUUAGCUGUUAGUCAGAGUCUUAGCGUUAUUAGUUAAGAAUUUCUGUAUCAGAUCGCCCCUCGAUAAGUACGGUGGCCUAGCUUAGCUGUUGGUGCAUUCCCCUGUAGCCAAUUUAGCCAUAAUAUUUUGCUUAGGAUUAGGAGGAAGGUCCCUAAUGAUGGCGGUAAACUGCACUCUUCAAAUCCUCCUCCUCUUGUUCAUACUCCUCUCCCCUGUAGCCAUCACCGCCGGUGCUACUGACACAUUCAGCAAGGGCCAGAAUGUCACUGACGGCGAGACACUCGUCUCGGCCGGUGGCACAUUUACACUGGGAUUCUUCUCUCCCGGUGCGUCGGCCAAGAGAUACCUCGGGAUAUGGUUCUCGGUGUCCAGCGACGCCGUUUGCUGGGUGGCCAACUGUGAGCACCCUCUUGACGACACCUCCGGUGUGCUGGUGGUGGCCAGUGACACGGGGGACUUUCUCCUGCUCGGUGGCUCCGGUGAGGUGGCGUGGUCAUCCAACUCCCCCAACACCUCCUCAGUGGAGGCACAGCUUCAGGAGUCCGGCAACCUGGUCUUACACGACCAGAGAAGCAAAACCAUCUUGUGGCAGUCGUUCGACCACCCAUCGAACACCUUGCUGCCCGGCAUGAAGAUGGGAAAGAACCUGUGGACAGGCGACGAGUGGUACCUUACGUCGUGGCGGUCGCCGGAUGACCCGUCUCCGGGGGGCUACCGCCGCGUGCUGGAGUACACAACUCGGCUGCCGGAGGUUGUCCUGUGGCAACGGGACGCCAAGGCGUAUCGCACGGGGCCAUGGAAUGGGCGCUGGUUCAAUGGCGUCCCAGAGGCCUCGACGUACGCUCACGAUUUCCCGCUGCACGUGACGGCCAGCACAUCGGAGGUCACGUACGGGUACACAGCCAGGCCUGGCGCGCCCCUGACCCGCGUGGUGGUGUCUGACGCCGGCGUGGUCAGGCGGCUGGUGUGGGACGCCAGCACCAGCACUUGGAAGACCUUCUUCCAAGGGCCAAGGGACGUGUGUGAUGCCUACGGCAAGUGCGGGGCGUUCGGUCUGUGUGACGCCAGCGCGGCGUCGUCGGCGUUCUGUGGCUGCCUGCAGGGGUUCAGCCCAGCGUCACCACCAGCGUGGUACAUGAGGGAAACCUCAGACGGGUGCCGGCGGAACGUGCCGCUGAACUGCAGCGGCAAUGGGACGGCGACGGACGGCUUCGUGCUGGUGCGUGGCGUGAAGCUGCCAGACACGCAGAACGCGUCGGUGGACACGAGCAUCUCAACGGAGGAGUGCAGGGCUAGGUGCUCCGCCAACUGCUCGUGCUUGGCCUACGCGUCUGCCGAGAUCCGAGAAGGUGGUGGUGGUGGCAGUGGCUGCAUCAUUUGGACAGGUGACGUGGUUGAUCUUCGCUAUGUCGACCGAGGGCAGGAUCUGUACCUCAGGCUGGCCGAGUCUGAACUAGCUAUGCCAAAGAGCUCGAAGUUUGCUAUCGUGACUGUUCUUGCGCCAGUAGCUUCCGUUAUUGGUAUAAUACUUGUGUUGUUGUUUGUCAUCAUUUGCUGGAGAAGGAAGCACAAGAUCUCGCAUAAGCGACUAAACGACUGCAUUCCUCAAAGUUCAGCUAUGACAGUCCCGUCAGUUGAUCUGCACACUCUGAAGCAGGCUACAUUGAAUUUCUCCGAGACCCAUGUGAUUGGUCAAGGAGGGUUUGGCAUAGUGUAUAAGGGUCAAUUACCUGACGGGAGAACGAUUGCGGUGAAGAGGCUUAAGCAGUCUGCUCUCACGAAAAAAGGUAAAUGUGAUUUCACAAGAGAAGUGGAGGUGAUGGCCAGGCUCCGGCAUGGCAACCUUGUUCGCCUGCUUGCUUACUGCGACGAAGGCGAAGAGAGGAUACUCGUCUAUGCCUACAUGCCCAACAAGAGCCUGGAUCUCUACAUAUUUGCAAAAAAAUGCUUGCGCGUUGCAGGUGAACCCAGCCUCCGUGCUACGCUGAGCUGGAGGCAGAGGCUGGAUAUCAUCAACGGCAUUGCGCAAGGCGUGGCGUACAUGCACGAGGGAUCGGGCGAGAGCGUCGUCCACAGAGAUUUGAAGCUUCAAAACGUGCUGCUAGACGACAAUUGGCGGGCCAAGGUUGCGGACUUCGGCACCGCGAAGCUGUUCGUCGCUGAGCGGGCCGACUCUAGCCUCACCAUCGUCAACUCACCUGGAUAUGCAUCACCAGAGUCAUUGCGGGCGGAGAUGACGCUCAAAUGCGACGUCUAUAGCUUCGGAGUCGUGCUGCUGGAAAUCCUUAGUGGACAAAGGAACGGCGAGGCGCAGAGGCUCCUUUCACAUGCAUGGGGAUUGUGGGAGCAGGACAGGACAAUGGCUGUUCUUGAUUCGGCGGUGAAUCUCCCUCCCCUCUCUCGGCCUGAUUCCCACAUCGGCUCUGAACUCGGGAGGUGCAUUCAGAUUGGGCUUCUCUGCAUCCAGGAAUCACCGGACGACAGGCCGGCCAUGUCUGACGUUGCCGCGAUGCUAACCACCAAGACCUCACAGAUCGCUCAGCCCAACAGACCCGGAAUAUAUAACCGAACAAGGUUUGUGACUGGUCAGGCGGAUCUCACUAGGUCCACAAUAAUCGAUCUCGAGUAGCCGGCUCUGAUCAAGAUUUGAAAUCAGAGUUUACAAGAGCAUGGAAUGCCCAAGCGAGCUCAUUUUUCGUUUAUCUUGUUCCGUUGGCCGCCAGUAGCGUAUUCGAAGAUGAAGAUAUGUGCUACCAGAAAGUGUAACUUCCUCUGUUUUAUCCUUUAAUUGAUGUGUUCCUUGUCCAUGGUUAAAAAAAGUCGCAAAUGGUAAGGAAAUGCUGGCAUUAAAAUGUAUACUCGCAAUCUCUUCUCACAGUUUGAAUUACACAUGAGAAUUUGGGCUGCUACUGGUGGCACAUGCGUGAGUGACAAAUCGAAGGGAAACAUGUAUUGGUUUUCGAUACUAA